UCUAAGCAUUAUGGGAUUUGCAGUUGUACUAGCAGGUCGCUAUGGAAAUAAAGUGACAACAUCCAACAUCCAACUCAGCUCUGCUCUCUCUCACACCAUCUUCCUGAGGGCACAACAGCAAGUGGCUAGACACACCACAUAAGAGAAAGAGUGCAAGCUACUAAGGCUUGUCAAUAUGACCCAUCUCUUAGGACGUCAGGACUGCGUUGAAAGUCUCCGGAGAGAUCUAAUAGAUCUUCAAGGUGCUGUUCUCGAUGUCUUCUCUCGGACAGGCCCAGUUCGAUUCCCCUCCUGGAAGUUCCCAGAUAAGCUUUCAUGCAAUCUGGACCUGGUGUCACUAUUAGAACAAUACGACUUUGUUGAUGGGGAGGAGGAAUUCAAUCAGCAUUCACAUAUUGUUUUGCUGGAGUUGGUGAUUGACAGAUUGCUACUCCUGCUGCAAAGUUUCAAUGCCCAUGCAGAGCAGUUGAAGUUGGGACAGAAGAGAGAACACAUUCAGCAAAAAGGUCCAUGUGUAUCAAUUGGCCUUGUAGUUAGACACUAUUGGAAUAACUUGAUCCAGAUUGGCAACCAGAGGGUGAGCAUGAAGCAAGAUAUUCAAGAAGUGAUCAAAACUCGAAAAUGUGAGGAAAAGACAACUUUCUCUUCAGCAUCCUCACUUCUGACCACAAAAAGUGAUCUUGGUCCACAGUCUCCAUCCAUAGUGUCUCAGCACUGUACCUCAAAAACAGCAGCAAGCACUCCAUUGUGUCCUCCACAGAAAAUAUUAAAUGGCGCCCUCUCCUGUCCUACUCACAGAACAGCAAGCAGCAUCCCCUCCUGCCUUCCCCUUAUUUCCACGGACACUCGUAAUGUAAGUUGCCAGACAGUAGUGUCCUCGCUUGUCCCCUGUGAUGCCUGUGCUAACGUCCAGUCCAGUUUGAGGGAGACUGGUGAUGCUCUGGUGGAGCUGUGUCGGAGCGAGGGCCUUCCCUCCUCUCUGCAGUGCCUCCUGGUGGCUGUGGAUGACACCCUGGAGCAGGGCCGUCUGACUGCAGGAGAUGUGUCCCAGUGGUCCACAGAGCAGCGCAGGGACAUGGGCCGGGUGGGUAAGCAUCUGCUGGAGGUGCGGUCCACAGUGCAGCCUCUCAGAGACAGCCUACAGGCAGCGGAAAGGGAGCAGGAGGAGUUCAGGGCUCAGCUGGGCAGGGUACAAGAGAAACUGAAGCGUGAAAGGGCAAAGCACCAAGCCAGCAAACAUCAGCUGGAGCAAAGACUGCAGGAGGCCCAGGCAUCCAGGGAGGAGACAGAGAGGAGACUGCAGAAAGAACAUGAGGAGCUAAGGAGAGACACCGUGUCCCUAGAGGAUAGCAACUCCAAACUGAAGGCAGAGAUUAGUUUGCAAAAAGAAAGGUUACACAAACUCGAGUGUGAGAGAGAUGAGCUACAUCAGGAAGUGAAGGCGAUGCAGGUAGAGGAAGAGGCACGGAGUAAACUAGAGGAGAAGACACAAACGCUGGAGGCUCAACUGUCCAGUACUCAGCUCUUACUUGACAAAGAGAAAUCCAAGUACCAGAAUGCCUGUCGCCAACAGGAGUCACUGCAGGCCAAGCAGAGGUCUCUGUUGGAGCGAGUGGAUGCUCUGGACCAGGAGUGUGAGGCGCUUCAGGGACAGUUGGGGGAGAGUGAGGACCGACAGACAGACCUACAGGAACGACUGACACACAUCUCAGAGGAGAAAGACCAACUUCAAACCCAGCUCACCCAACAACGGGCCUUGUGUUCUGAGCUGCAGCAGGAGAAGCAGAGACUGGAGAGUCAUGUGGGUGAGCUGAAAGACAGUGUGAAUCAGCUGAGAGGAGAGGUGCAGGAGUUAGCCCAGAGGGAGAGGCUGCUGGUGGCGUUCCCGGAGCUUAACCCCCUGCCUCAGAGAUCUCCACAGAGCACAGGGGAUGUGUUGGGGGAUAUGGAGCAGCAGUUGCAGGCUAACUAUGUUCGGAUUAGGGUUCUGGAGCAGGAGAAUAGCACCCUGCGCAGUAGCCUGGUGAAACUGAGGGAUAGAGCCCAACUAGGGGCUUCCAUGGUGGGGUCCAAGAUUACCUCCCCCAGCAGCUGUGGAUUCACCCAGUCUCUGCUUGACACACCCAGAGAGAGCCAGCUAAAACCCACCCCCUAUGUACAACACAGCCCUCUUCAGACCUCCAGUGCAGGAUUGUUGAAACAUGGAGUGAGGAGGCAGGGAGCAGACGAAGGGGCCGUCCCUGUGGAGAUGGGGCCUUCGGAUCACUUGUCCAUCGCUGCCUCGUCGCUCUCUGCCACCUCCUCUACAUCUCUGGUGCACCAGCAGACCCUCCGGCUCUCCCCAGACACCAGUGCAGCCAGAACCUACGCAAGAAUACGCCAGGCAUCCCGAACCCACUCUGUUUGCAUGCACCAGAGGAAGAAGUGAAUCCAGCACUGGGUGAUCAACCUCAUGGUGACAAGUUUUGGAGCAUAACAAUGCUUAAAGAGGCUGGGGCUGAAAGAGGCUGUUGUUUGAAGUGUAUGUCAGGCAUCUCCAUCAGGAGACUGUGAUAAGGCAUUGCAUUUCGGCUCUUACACAUAGUUCUUUGUGUAUCAGCUGAGGCAGACACAGAAGAUUUGGGCAGAGAAACAAUACAGAAAAGCUAUAGAGUUCAAGAUCUUUGUCAACAUUGAGCUGGCUUGAAGUCACUAUUUACCGGAACAUUUAUUUGCAUUCAUACACAAUAAAACUGUGGUGUCAUGUUUCUUUCUUUCUUGAACUGUUGUGUUAAUCAUUUUGCUGCAGUGUUGGGGAGUAAUGUAUUUUUUUAGUAGCUUGGUAGUAGUUGAACUAAAUUCAAAUCUUGGUGGUGUUUUAAGUAGUAUUUUACUUUUUUCCCCAUGUAGCGGUGUAGCUAACUACUGGAACUACACACUACUUUUUUGCAAAAAGAAAAUAUGGGUGAAGUAGACAAUUUUCUACUUUUUCGGCAUCAGAUCUUCCUAAUUCUCACUUGGAACAUUGUUUGUGUUUAAUAGGCUAAAUUACAAAUUCUGUUAACAUUUGACUAGAGUGAUCUGUUCUUGAAAUUUGUAGUCUAUGACAUUUCAGAUUUAGAUAUGAUAAUUUAUCACAAAGUAGUUUGGAUGUAGUUACCUACUUUUUCAAAGUAACUUUAGUUAAGUAAACUAUAUUUUUUGUAAAGGCUAGCUUUAGUGUAGAUUAACUUAUUCCAGUGUGAAGUAAUUGGUAGCUUGGUAAACUAUAUUUUCAGAGUAGCUUCCCCAACACUAUUUGGAUCACAAAUGUGUAUUUGCUGACUUCUCCCAAAUGCACUUAGCACAAUUAUACACAAGGAGGUAGUGAAACAGUUUUAUCUAGUUUGGAAGGUAAAGCAAUAAUAAACUGAGCAUAACAAGCCCAUUAAAGCACAUACAUUAUUUAAACUCAUGAAUAAAUAAUGUGUUAAAGC